AUGGAGCACGUGACAGUAAUCCCGCGACAGAGACUGGAUGGAUUAGAACUGCUAGGUGGCCCGACAAAACCGCUCAAUCCUCCCUUUUCAACACCUUUACCGCUGUGGCUGGCUCUCCUGCUCAAGAAGCAGCGUCGAGCGAAUAUUAGUCCGCCGCCAUGGUUGAGCGUGGAGGCGUUGACGCAUAUACUUGACUUUGAGACGGAUGAGCGGACAGCAGAGGUCUUCUCGCCCGCGCCUACGAUGCCUCGUGCGAUUGGCAUGACGCCGUUAGAAGGUGAUCCAUACCUAUCCCGUGACUCGCUUGAGCUAUCACCGCCUUUCAUGAGCGACGCGGCGACUGCACGGGCGCAAGAAGACGCUUUGCCGUAUCAUUGGCUUGAGCUUGGGCAUCUCCUGCUUACGCACGCAGCGGAUGACUUCGAUGAGCCUGAUACCGUGCGCAAGCUCCUGAGAGAUUUGCGAGAAGUGAGAAUGAGUAAGCUGAGAAAAGGCUUCAAGGUGCUUGGGCCUGGGGCUGGUAUCAAGAUGAAUGGUGUUGGUGGAAUGGAAGUGGCGGAAGUGAGAGGGUUUGUGGUGGGUAUGGUUGAUGGAUUACGCAAAAUCAACCGCUCUCGCGAAGAGUCGCGAAAGGAACGGGAGAUCGAAGAACGUGAGAAUGGUCUCGGGAGCAGUAGUUACGCUGACGAAGAAGAUGAAGAUAUGCUGUGA